AUGUUGAAAGCUGUGAUACUUAUAGGUGGACCUCAAAAAGGCACAAGGUUUCGUCCUCUCUCGCUAGAUACUCCAAAGCCACUUUUUCCAAUAGCUGGUUUGCCACUAAUACAGCAUCACAUAGCAGCAUGCACAAAACUUGCAGAUUGUAAGGAGAUUCUCAUCAUUGGCUCCUACACCACAACAACAAUGGCGCCUUUUAUCAGUGAGAUGCAGAAAGAAUACCAUGUUAUAAUAAGAUAUCUACAAGAGUUUACUCCCCUUGGGACUGGAGGAGGUCUCUACCAUUUCCGAGAUCAAAUCAGAGCGGGAAAUCCCACUGCCUUCUUUCUGCUUAAUGGUGAUGUUUGUGCCGACUUUCCUCUUAAAAAACUGUGGGAAUUCCAUGAAGAAAGGCCUAAUGCUUUGGUAACAAUAAUGGGAACAGAAGCAACUCGACAGCAGUCGGUGCACUACGGUUGCAUGGUUCGUGAACCAACUACUAAAUCUGUAACACACUAUGUUGAAAAACCUAGUAGCUAUAUAUCAACACUUAUCAAUUGCGGAGUGUAUGUGUGUUCAUUGCAAGUGUUCCACACGAUGGCUGAUGCGUUUCAACGGAAGCAGGAUGGGUUUUAUAGGUAAGAAGUUUUUAUAUAAAUAAAUGGUAACGGUCAUGGCAGUCCCCACCCCGGUUAUAUGUCGUGGGAACAAGAUGUAUUGGCACCCCUUGCUGGCACUAACAAGUUGUAUGCAAAUCAGGUAUCAAAUUGGUGGUCACAAGUGAAAACUGCGGGGUCAGCGAUAUACGCCAACCGUCAUUACUUGGAACUCUACCGAGAAAGAUUAACCCACUCUCCUUGCAAUAUUAUACCGGAUGUGUUCAUACAUCCCACUGCUGUUGUCGACAGUAGCGCUGUGAUCGGUCCAAACGUGUCUAUCGGCGCUGGAGUGAUAGUGAAGGCAGGAGUGAGAAUCAAGGAGUCAAUCGUACUGAACAACGCGACUAUACGGGAACAUGCGCUUGUCAUGUAUUCCGUUGUUGGUCAAGACGCUUCAGUAGGCGAGUGGUCUCGUGUCGAAGGGACUCCUUCAGAUCCAGACCCCAAUAAACCCUUCGCUAAAAUGGACAAUACUCCGCUUUUCAACAACGAUGGGAGGCUCAACCCUUCUAUCACAAUAUUAGGUGCAAGCGUAGUGGUACCGCCCGAGACGAUACUUCUGAACUCAAUUGUCUUACCACACAAACAUCUCACGAGGAGUUUCAAACACGAAAUUAUUUUAUAGUACAGAAAUAUUAUUAAAUCAAUUACUUGAUAGUGUUUAUGUAUACUUAUAAUGUAUUUACGUUAAGAAAA